UUUGUAUUUAAAUUAUGUUGGUACGCCAUUUGAUUUAGUUAGUUACAAAAUGGCCAGCGAAGUGCAACUAGCUCAAAGUGCACAAGCCGGCGGCGAUACAAUUUUCGGUAAAAUACUGCGUAAGGAAAUACCUUGCAAUUUUAUAUACGAAGACAAUUUAUGUGUGGCUUUUGACGAUUUAAACCCCCAGGCGCCCGUUCAUUAUCUCGUAAUUCCCCGCAAACCUAUUCCUCAGCUGUCCCGAGCGGAAGACAACGACGGUGCACUUUUAGGACACUUGCUACUGGUGGCUAGAAAAAUUGCUCAAAAACGUAACCUUAAAAAUGGUUUCCGGAUUGUCAUAAACGACGGUCCUAUUGGAGCUCAAUCAGUCUAUCACCUUCAUAUUCACGUCUUAUCCGGCAGACAACUCCAAUGGCCUCCCGGUUAAUUUUAAGCAGUAAUGUAAUCCAAUGUGUAAACAAUAAAAGGUUCUUAUCGUACA